UUCCCAGUAGCCGCAUCCCUCGUAGCACGUCCGUGGAGCUCGAGUUUUCUCUCUAUAAGAAGAAGCCUCAGCGAGUGCGGAAAAGCUAAGCAAACUCUCAGGUGCGCGUCUUCGCUCUCCUCUUUCUCUCGCUCCUGCCCAUCUCCGGGGCGCCAAUGGCGAAGCCUCGGAAGCAGAAGAACGAUGAGCAAAAGGCCGAGAGCUCGGGAGUAGUUGUCCUCCACCAGAAGCUCUGCGUCUCGGUCGACAUGGAGAAGAGAAGAAUAUUCGGGUAUACGGAAUUGAAAACCAUCGUCCCAGAGGAUGGGCAUAUGUCUUUCAAUGCUGAUAAUAUGAUCAUUACCAAUAUAUCUGUGGAUGGUGAACCAGUUGACUUCACGCAUUUCCCUCAUUAUCAAGUUAUUGAAGAGGAUAGUAUCCCUUCUGUAUCAUGCCCAAGCUCAGCUGCUGAUGUUGCAUGCUCUGUUUACAUAUCUUCCUUAGACAAAGAAAUGGUUCCCAAUCUACAUAUCUCGUAUGAUGGAUCAGGAAAGAUAAAUCAGCAACAGGAGAAAGACAAUGGUGAAAACUCUGCGCAGGACUCCAUCAGCCAGCAGCUAAAUUGCUACAAUGGUCAUUCAGAGGAUAAGAAUGUGAAGUUAGUUCGCAUUGAUUAUUGGAUAGAUAGGGCAGAAACUGGUAUUCAUUUUGCGGACAAUAUGUUGCUCACUGAUAGUCAAAUAAGGCGUGUUCAUUGCUGGUUUCCUUGCUUGGAUAACAUUUCACAACGGACUCUAUUUGACCUAGAGUUCACAGUUGAUGCUACUCUAGUAGCUGUCAGCAGUGGGGACUUACUUCAUCAGGUUUUAAGCAAAGAUGAUCCUCCCCGUAAAACUUUUGUGUAUAAGUUGAUCACUCCUGUUAGUGCAAAGUGGAUAACAUUAGUAGUCGCUCCAUUUGAAAUUCUUCCAGAUAAUCAUAGCAACAUUAUAUCACACAUCUGCCUGUCACAAGACUUUAAAAAGCUUCAGAAUACAGUUGGUUUUUUGCAUAAUGUAUUGAGUCAUUAUGAAGAUUAUCUUUCCACAUCCUUUCCCUUUGGCUCUUACAAGCAAAUCUUCAUCCCGCCUGAACUAGCAAUAUCUUCUUGGAGCUUUGGUGCAUCCCUUUGCAUCUUUGGCUCUGAUAUUUUGUUUGAUGACAGUGUUAUAGAUCAGACAAUUGAUACCAGAAUUAAGCUUGCUCAUGCUCUUUCAAGGCAAUGGUUUGGAGUAUACAUCACUGCAGAUGAGCCAACUGAUGAGUGGCUACUAGAUGGCCUAGCUGGCUUUCUGACUGACACUUAUAUCAAGCGCUUCUUGGGUAACAAUGAGGCACGUUAUAGGAGGUACAAGGCUAACUUAGCUGUUUGUAAAGCUGAUGUUAGUGGUGCUACUGCUUUGAGCUCCUCUGCUGCUUCAAGUGAGUUAUAUGGGACUCAGCAGAUUGGUUUGUAUGGAAAGAUUAGGUCCUGGAAAUCUAUUGCAGUUCUUCAAAUGUUGGAGAAGCAAAUAGGCCCAGAAUCAUUUCGUAAGGUAUAUUUUUCUUUUGCUACAGUCCAGGCUUGCACAACAGCUACCUUUUCCUAA